AUGAGAUUUGUGGGAUGUGUUCCAUUCAACGAGGAAAGCAAUCAAAUUGUGCAUCUACUUCGAAUGUGCUGGGCUUACGUAUUUCCUGGGAUUUAUUUGCCAGCUGGAUUAUUCUUCAGUCUUGUCUUUGACUUACAUCGAUUGACUCCGGCUGACUUCCUUGGCGUUCUUCAAAUCUCUGUCAACAUAAUCGGAGGAGCUGUUAAAGUCUUUGGAGCAUUCAACUUAUUCACGUAUUUACAAGAGACGGAAUCUAUUCUCGAUAAACUGGAUCAACGCUUAGAGAGUGAUUUUUACUGUCUCAAGAUUCACAAAGCGGUCGCUCAAUGCAACGCCAUUUUCUUAAUUUAUGGAAUAUGUUAUUUUGUUUACACUAUAUUUAUGCUAUUGAGUGGUGUGAUCAUGAGUAAACCUCCUUGGUUAGUUUAUAAUCCCUUCUUCGAUUGGCGUGAGAGCUUCGGUCUCCUUUGUGCUCAGAUAAUAUUUGAGUAUUAUCUCAUGUUUUUCAUGGCAACUUUGCUUCUUAUUGUCGAUGUAUUUCCCGUCAUUUGUGUCAUUAUAUUUCGAAGUCACGUUGAUGUGCUUAAAUGUCAUAUUCGCACCUUACGCUCCGAUCUACUGAAAACCGAAGCUGAGAACUACAAGGAACUUGUCGCUUGCAUCCUGGAUCACAAAUCGAUUUUACUUUGCUCUAACGCUGUGCGUUCGGUCAUAUCGCGUUCAAUUUUUAUACAAUUUCUGCUAAUUGGCAUUGUGUUGGGACUGACUCUGAUAAACGUCUUUUACUUCAGUAGUUUAUUUCGUGGCAUCUCGCUGAUGAUAUUUGUGGCAGCUAUCUUAAUGCAGACAUUUCCGUUUUGCUAUCUGUGCGAUUUGCUUGUAGCUGAUUGCAAUGAUCUGCCCCAUUUAUUAUUUCAAUCGAAUUGGAUCGAUGCUGAACCCAAAUAUAAGACAACACUUAGGUUUUUCAUGUUUCAUCUGCAGCAGCCAAUUAUAUUUAUUGCCGGGGACGUAUUUCCCGUCUCAGUAAGCAGCAAUAUCAAGGUUGCCAAAUUUGCUGCUAGUGUGAUGGCCAUAGUGCAGCGAAUGAAUCUGGCUGAUAGGUUCAAAUAA